AUGAUUGGCCUGUAUUGGGGAACUCUCAUUGGCUCCCGUCCUCCUGAGAACCUUUACUUGAUUGGCUCGUAUACCGCGUUCAUGGUUGGCUGUAAAUACGGUCUACGAGCCAGUCAAAAACUGCAGAGCAGAGCCAACGCUGUGCUUGUAAAUUUUGGAUUUAAUCCAUACCAGUCAGAUGUCGGUGCUUCUUCGACUUUGAAUUUUUCUGUUUUAUCAAGUGAAAUAGAUUGUGCUGUUAUAAAUGCAGAACCCAGAAGAAAAACAGGGAGUAUGUUCCUGUGCUACAGUCAUUUACCUCCAACAGACAAUGAAGUCUCAUAUACAAUAGCAUUUGUUCUCCAGGGAGUCAGCAAAACAUUUACGGUUUCAGUAGAAGAGACAGAGAUUUUAACAGAAAAAGUGAUUUUUAUUAAUCUUGGGUAUUACAUAGCAGUUUAUUUGCCUGGGCACUUUCUACACCUAAUCAAUACACGACAUCCUAAGUUGCUAUGUCAUCAUUUACUGUUAAGUGGUGCAGAUGCCAGUAUGCCUUCACUGAACACUAACGGUUACCUACAGUCACUGCCAUAUUCAUCCAUUUUGGAUUACAGCUCAGGGAAAAUGUUUGAAGUUUGCAUCAACCAACUUUAUUUAGUGAAAUUCCUCCAGACCAGUACACUGGACUGCCACUGGCUGGCAGCAUUGCACUGUGCUCUUAUAUACUUCAAGGACCAAACAGAAACUGAAGCACAGGUUGUUUCAUGGAUUUGUGAUAACAUUGGAAAAUGUAGCAGAUUUGAUGUCAUUCAGGAAUUCAUUUGGGCUUCUCUGUAUAGAAGAAUGUGUCCAGAAUCAAUCAACCUUGAUAAACUUUUACCAUAUACCUCUUUAAUGAAGUGGGAAGGGGAAGUUCCUGGAGUGACAUGUGUAACAGAAAUUGCGGAACAGUCAGUUUUUAGGGCUCUACAUCUGAAAGGCUUCUGGGCAGAGUUACAUUCUAAUCUGCAGUCAUUUAUGUAUUUAGAUGCUGAGCCUUGCUGCCGGUAUUACAACAACAGCAAGUUGCUUAGAAAACAAUGGAAGCAAUUAAUUGAAGAAAUGAAAACAGAAGAGAGAACAUCAAGUUCCUUGCGGACUAUACUUCAGAAUGCAGAAAAGGUCCUGCUUACUCUGGAUAAAUGGGUGUCAGAUCAGAGGAUAGUUCCACUCUUUCAGGAAGAAAAAGACUACCAGCAAAACAUACUUAUGGGAGUGAUGGUCGAAAAUAUGAAAGACCACUUAAUGAGACAUCUGCAACAUAUGGGUAAAAAGAAGACAGAGGAGUUGGUCAUAAACUAUGUUGCGAAACUGUUGGAACUAAUCAGAAACAUAAUGGAAACAGUAUGGAGAAAAUAUAACGUGAAAAACUGGAAAUUCUGUUUCAAGGAGAGGGGAAGUUCUUCUGAAUAUGCAGUGUUUCACAUAAUGUGCCACAUCUUACAAGCUACAAGUGGAAUGUGUGUACCUCUUCCUCCAGGUUUUCAGACACUUCAUGCGACACUGGGAGUUCGUUGUCUACCUCUCCACACAUUGCUGUGCUAUAUCGAUCAUGGGAUUUUACGACUCACAGAAACUUUUAUCAAAAAACUGCUGAUAGAUUUCAACAACUCAGAAAAAAAUGGCCAGCUGAAGCUUAGCAUAAUAACAAGACUUCCAGAGGCAGCCAGUCAAAAUAUUUGCCACCUCUGGGAUCAUCCAAUUAGCUCUUCCUUAAUAGCGCGGAACUAUGUGGAAGCAUUACUGCAGAAACUUGGAAGCAAGCAGAUGUACCCUCAUAACUCACCUUCCUAUGAGACAGACAGUUCAGUUUUCUAUUCAGACUUCCUGCCACUGAACUACCUGACAAAAACAUUGACAGAUGUGAAGAACUUGGCAAUGAACCCCUUUGAAGAAAAAGAAUAUAUUGAUGCCAAAUUUGUUGAAGAGAUAGCUUUGAAACAGACCUCAAUACUUCUUCAACUUGAAAGCUAAUGGAAGUUAUGCUGCAUUGUUGUCCUGUAUGCAGAGAUGCAAAACAUACAUGAAAAAAGUAUGCCUGAUGGAUUAGAGUUUCUGUCAAUAAGAAGCAAAGCACAUGAACACCAGAGAACUAGGAUAUUGUCUAUCCAAGUUAUGUCAAAGAUGAUGUGAAACUAUCAAGAUUUUAAUUAGAAACACCAAAACUGAUAGAGAUCAGAACUCAUCACAAAAUAAUUGUGAACAUUCCUAAUUUAUUAUUUGAUCCAUAAAAGGGAUAGUAAUAAGUACAGUAUUCACCAUCCUGUAUAUAAAAUAUUCAGAGUAAUUGUUCCAGAUGAAUUGUUUUAAGAUUGUAAAUGUAUUUUUUUAAAUGUACACAAAGUCAAAAAUAUAAAGGAAAUUUAUUUAUAUAUUUGAUGUGCUUCUUUGGGUUUGUGAGUGAUACUUCUACAUUUAGUUUAAGGUAAUAGUUCUGAAAUUACAGGAGUGAUGAAAUAGUCAAAAUAAUAUUUCAUUUUAUUAAAGAUGAUUUUUUUUAUGUACAUAUUUAACUGUGAUGGUCUGCUGUACUCAGAUUUAUCUAAAAUAACUAGACCGUUUUAUAUUAAAUUUCAAUUGGCUUGA